UAGAAAUGAGUCAGUCGGCUGAAGUCCGUUCCACGUUUUCCUGGUUGCUCUGCUGCACGCAUGGUGGGCGUGACUGACAUGGUUGUCAACAAAGUUAGAAAAUAAAAGACCGAACGAACCAAAGUGAAACUACAGGCUUGUGGAAGCUGGAGGAGGAGUCAGUGCCAUUACUAUCCCAUAAUAAGCAGUGUCCUUGUCUGAUCCCUCCACAGACACGGGGACAUGAGGACAUUUCUUACAAAGAAGCAUAAAAUAAGUAAAACUGUCCAGAAUGAAUGCUGACAGAUGCUUUGAAACCCUCCGUCCCCCAGUUCUGGUUAGAACUGGGUUUGCCCGCGGGUCAUCUGGGUGAGGCCACAGAACCUGCAAAGACUCUCAAAAGGUCUGGAAAAGGACCGGUUCGGCUGGCUCCGGUGAAGUGGAGACGGUCAUACUGGGAAGUUUCGGUAAUGGAAACACACCAAUUAGUGCCUGGCUGUCCUAUAAAAGACACCCAUUCCUCCUUUUUGUGUGAGGAUGCCAGCUGGUCCUGUUCCCCUGCAGAUAGCUCAUCAGUACUUAAUACAAGUUGUUUAUUGUUUAUCUACGUUGGUGUUAGUUUGGGAUGUUCUGAUCAUACCAGCAACACCUGUGUGAACCCUGUGUGAUGCACUUGGGCUUCUUCCCCUUUUCCUUCAUGCUGUGCAGGACAGCAGCAACAAUGUAAAACAACAUGUCCGCCUAACUUUAACUCUGUCUGCGAGAGUGAUGUAAGCUUUGAGUCCUGCAAUGAAAAGCUCCAGCUCCUGGGGAAGCUGAUCACAGCUGGUUUAAAAAGAUGUGAAGAACAACAUCUGGGUGGAGUGAGGUGAGUUUCCAGGGAUCGCUGCAGAGAUAAACACCUCCCAGUCAGACGCAGCUACGCUCACCAACACCCGUCUGUAUGAGCGUCAGAAGGCUCGGCUAAUAACCGGACCAUAAGGAAGUUCAUGAUGCUGGAAGAGCAGCCUUUCUCUGUGGUGGAAGAAGAACCAAGUUUAUUCAUACAGCACGUGUCCCAGACUGAGGUCACACAAGGAGUUACAAUAAAACGCUGAACACUAAAGCUAGAACAUAAGACAAUGAGUAGAAAACAACAGGCUCCGCCCACUGCUCAAUCACCAAGUAACCCACUACAGGACAUAUAAUAAUAACAACUACAAUAAUAAUCAUUAUAAUAAUAUAAUAACAACAAUAAAUCUCCCAAAGUGCUAAUUUGUAAGGUUCCUUUGCUUUGUAGUGCUUUAGCCUGCUGAGAGCUUCAAAGUUAAAGGUUGUUACUGACAGCAGCUACAUCUAAGUGUUUAUUCAUUUUCCUUUUGACUGAAUAGUUGCUGAUUUGAUCUUGGAGACGUUUCUCCUCACAUCAGCUUCAGAUCUAAAGAAUGAUUUGUGAGUAGGUGUUGCGCUGACCUUAGAGGUGUGGCUGCCCCUCUCUAUUGUUCCUCAUCCUUUCCCUACAUGCUGACUCCGUUGCGCGUUGCCAGCGCGUGACCGCAGAUGGAACCUGCGUGCGCUCCGGCGCGCGCCUCGCCAGCUGAGCAGAAUUGAGGCAAUUAAGAGCUCGUGCUCGGGGGAAAUGAAGUACAGCCAAAAUGUCUGCAACAAGCUUUUGCCCAGCGCGCGGCAGACUGAGAGGAGUGCAGAGCGAACACAAAUGGGUACACUGUGAGGAGGAAGACUUUGAUCUUGACGGGCUGUCGAUGUUCAACAGCUGGUGCUGGUUAAAGAAGAAGAUCCUGAAGAACAGAGUGCUGGUGUGGACCAGCAGGACCCAGAACACCUCCACAUAAAGGAGGAACAGGAGGAGCUCUGGACCAGUCUGGAGGGAGAGCAUCUCUGUUUGAAGGAGGAGACUGAAGCUGUCGGGUCUCCUGUUACUGCUGUUUCUAUAAAGAGUGAGGAUGAUGAAGAGAAACCUCUGGUCUCACAGCUUCAUCAGCAGCAAAUAGAAGACAGAGAUGUUCCAACCAGCAGCUCAGCUGACCAGAUGACCGCAGAAACUGGUGGAGGAGCAGGAACUAGCAGGAACCCAGAUCUGAACCCUCAUGAACAAACAUCUGAUUCUUCAGAGACUGAAGUUAGUGAAGAUGAUGAUGAUGAAGAUGAUGAUGAUGUGAAUCUGGACUCUGGGUCUGAAACUGGAGAUGAAGAUGAUGACUGGAAUGAGAGCAGGUCUUCUGAGUCAGAUGAUUUUCAACAGGUGGUUCUGGUUAAAGAAGAAGCUUCAGAAGAACAGAGUGCUCGUGUCAACCACCAACACCUAGAUUUUCUCCACGAAAAGGAGGAACAGGAGAAACUCUGGUCUAGUAUGGAGGGAGAGCAUCUCCAUUUGAAUAAGGAGACUGAUGCUGCCAGGUUUCAAUCCUUUAGCCAAAAAACACAUUUAAACAAACACACGAGAGUCCAGACAAAGCAGAAACAUUUUGCCUGUGAGCUCUGUAGACAAAGAUUUAGCCAAAAGACAAAUUUAAACAAACACAUGAGAGUCCACACAGGACAGAAGCCUUUCGCCUGUGAGCUCUGUGUAAAAAGAUUUAGCCAAAAGACAAAUUUAAACAGUCACAUGAGAGUCCACACAGGACAGAAGCCUUUCGCCUGUGAGCUCUGUGUAAAAAGAUUUAGCGAAAAGAAAACUUUAAAUAAUCACAUGAAAGUCCACACAGGACAGAAGUCUUUCGCCUGUGAGCUCUGUGGAAAAAGAUUUAGCCAUCAGACAACUUUAAUUAAUCACAUGAAAGUCCACACAGGACAGAAGCCUUUCACCUGUAAGCUCUGUGGACAAAGAUUUAGCCAAAAGGCAACUUUAAACAGUCACAUGAAAGUCCACACAGGACAGAAGCCCUUCGCCUGUGAGCUCUGUGUAAAAAGAUUUAGCCACAAGACAACUUUAAACCGUCACAUGAGAGUCCACACAGGAGAGAAGCCUUUUGCCUGUGAGCUCUGUGGACAAAGAUUUAGCCAAAAGACAACUUUAAACCGUCACAUGAGAGUCCACACAGGAGAGAAGCCUUUUGCCUGUGAGCUCUGUGUAAAAAGAUUUAGCCGAAAGACAAAAUUAAACACACACAUGAGAGUCCACACAGGACAGAAGCAUUUUGCUUGUGAGCUCUGUGGUAAUAGAUUUAGUGAAAAGGGACAUUUAAAUACACACAUGAGUGUCCACACAGGACAGAAGCCUUUUGCCUGUGAGCUCUGUGGACAAAGAUUUAGCCAAAAGACAACUUUAAACCGUCACAUGAGAGUCCACACAGGAGAGAAGCCUUUUGCCUGUGAGCUCUGUGUAAAAAGAUUUAGCCAAAAGACAAAUUUAAACACACACAUGAGAGUCCACACAGGACAGAAGCAUUUUGCUUGUGAGCUCUGUGUUAAAAGAUUUAGCCGAAAGUCAACUUUAAUCAGUCACAUGAGAGUCCACACAGGACAGAAGCCUUUCGCCUGUGAGCUCUGUGUAAAAAGAUUUAGCCAAAAGACAAAUUUAAACAGUCACAUGAGAGUCCACACUGGCUUUUCGCCUGUGAGUUUGGUGGAAAAGAUUUACCCAAAAGAUCAGUUUAAAUGGUCACAAAAGAGUCCAUAAAGGACAGAAGCCCUUUGCUUGUGAGCUCUGUGGACGAAGAUUUCGCCGAAAGAAAAUUUUAAACAAUCAUCUAACUAUCCACUAGGGCUGAAUGAUCUAUUGCAGGGGUCUCCAACCUUUUUUUGGCCCGUGGCCUACUUUUACACAAUGAUUACAUAUGAUUUAUUUACAUUGAUACUUUCCAUGUGUGAAUUUGCUUAUGUUAAAAAUGCUAUGCUUACUAUAUUAACAUGCAUUGUACUCACAAGUUGAUUUCUCUGUAUUUCAGUACAUCAGUAUAUAUAUUUUUUAAAGUAUAAGUAAACCAGUGACAUUCUGAAAACCAAAUUUAACAAAACAUAUUUAGUUUUUUAAACUAAUCAGAUACUUUCAGUUAAUGAAUAACAAAUCUACUUCAUGUGAAUGAUUUGGCAUUUUUUUUAGAAGGUUGGUAACAUAACUUUUUAAAAACACAGGAACAGCUAACCUGUAAAGCUGAUAAUAUUUUAUAUAAAAUACAAGCUAAAUGUGAUGAAAACACAAAAGUCUAAAUAGUUUGAAAUUAAUUCAAUUCAAGUUUAUUUAUAUAGCGCCAAAUCACGACAAGAGUACUCAAGGCACUUCACAUUACAAACAUUCCAAUUCAGGUCAGUUCAUUAAACCAAUCAGAAAUAAUGUUUCCUAUAUAAGGAAUCCAGCAAAUUGCAGCAAUCCUCAUACUAAGCAAGCAUAAAGCGACAGUGGAGAGGAAAACUCCCUUUUAACAGGAAGAAACCUCCAGAGAAUCCCGGCUCAGUAUAAGCAGCCAUCCUCCACAACUCACUGGGGAUCGAGAAGACAGAGCACACACACACACAAGCACACAUGCGCGCACACAUACACACAAAGACAAGUAAUGUGUCUAUAGUUAUAUUGUGAUGUCUUAGUAAAUAUUCUAUUUGGCGAAAGAUAAACUUUAUUGUAUUUAUCCUAGUGGAUUUAUACUUAAACGGAUAAACUAGUAUUAGCACAUCCAACGUCAAGAAAAGCAAAAAGUUAUUAUCAGGAGACGGAUAAUGUUUAAGUGGUUAGCAGCAUUGUGCUAGACGAUGGCCCCUCCAUGAUGCCACCACAGCUCAGCAGAACAUCGUUGUAGCUUCUUCUGGGGAGAAAAACAGAGAGAAAAUAAAGUUAACAGCUGAAAUUGCAGAAAAUAGUACAGUUAAAGAGCAGACUGUAGAAGAAAGCAGUAGAGUGUUGUAGUGGAAUAUUGUUGUAUAUUCUUACACUGUUAUUAGGUCCAGAUAUUAUAAUCAGAAGAGGUUGUUUUUACUUCAGGGAGUUUUACUUAAACACCUUGUAUUGACUUAGAGACAAGAAAAGAGAGAGUUGGGAUCGUUUAAGAAUCUUUAAUUUCUAUAAUUAUAAAUUCAAACAAUCUACCAGGACUAACCCUCUAUGAUGGAUGCAUAUGGAUUUGAAUGUUGAAGUUGUGUGUGUGUGUGUGUGUGUGUGUGUGUGUGUGUGUGUGUGUGUGUGUGUGUGUGUGUGUGUGUGUGUGUGUGUGUGUGUGUGUGUGUGUGUGUGUGUGUGUGUGUGUGUGUGUGUGUGUGUGUGUGUGUGUGUGUGUGUGUGUGUGUGUGUGUGUGUGUGUGUGUGUGUGUGUGUGUGUGUGUGUUCAGAACCUCCAGGCUGAGGCAGGCAGAUCUGGUGUCAGAUGUUUUGACUAGGAACCACGAGGCUUCAGAAGCUCAUGACAUGAAACGCCAUCUUGUGCCGUGUCUACGUACCGUUAGAGUCUCCCGUGUUCAGAUCAGGAAUGCCAGGUCGACUCGGACCUUCCUCCGGUGCUUGGACUGAUGGUACAGCUUCUGGAGCACGACAAACCAGUCUACGGAUAGCUCUGGCAGUAGCGACAGGUCUCAGCGCGUUCAGCUUUUAUUUUGAAGGAACCGUCGUCUUGUUGUUCAAACGACAGUAUUUCCAGCUUGACAGUUCUCAGCUUAAAGUAGAAAAAUACAGCUGGCCGGGCUGUAAUCUCCUUUAGCGAUGAUGAUUCGAGAGCUGGUUGACACUACGUUGAGUCUAUGAUGUAACUCAGAUGAGGCUGAGGUGGAACUGAACUUAAAAUGGCGAUGCUCUGUUUUUAUUAACUUAGUUGUUUAUAAAUCUUAGCAAAUCGGAGUGGACAAUUUAAGUUAACACUCCAGAACUCUGCCCCGCAACAGAAGGAGGUUCUGAUUGGAAUGAGCGAACAAUGUGUCACGUGUUUCACGUGUUUACCUUAUGUGAAUAAGAAUGUCUGGCAUAGUUAGUCCUGUUAUUCAAUAAACACAUAAAUCAUGACAUUUUGAUUUCACAGAUCAGUCACCUGAUUAUUAUUGAUCAACAUUUGUUUUGAUUAGCUUUAUUACAAAUAAAGGUCUUUGAUUAAUUAAUGAAAAGCGUUCUUCUUCCUUCUUCUGUCUUCUUUCCUGGAAUGUAAACAUUUAGAAACAAGCACCCGACCUUGUUCAUUUACGCACCCUGUUACUGUGUGAAGGGGCCGCUUUUAAGGGCAGACAAUAGGAUAUUCGUAACGCUACAGUGUGAAAAGUGGUCAGUGUAUCCUCCAGCAGUCUAAACCUAUAGCAGCAUAACUACAGAGAUAACUCAGGAUAAUCUAUCCCAUUAAGAUGUAGGCAUGUUGGAGGCAGGGCAAGGGAGAGCCGUCUUUACAGACUGUACACUCCACCUCCCUCUACUCCCCCACUUGUCCUGAUUUAGGCUAACAUCAGAUUUUAACUAUAGGCCCUAUCAAAUAAAACUGUUUUAAGCCUAUUCUUAAAAGUAGACAAAGUGUCUGCCUCACGGACUAAGGCUGGGAGCUGGUUCCACAGGAGAGGAGCCUGAUAACUAAAAGAUCUGCCUCCCAUCCUAAUUUUAGAUAUUCUGGGAACCACCAGUAGACCUGCAGUCUGAGAGCGAAGUGCUCGGUUAGGAACGUAUGGACCAAUCAGAUCACUGAUGUAUGAUGGACCUUGAUUAUUAAGAGCUUUAUAUGUGAGAAGAAGGAUCUUAAAAUCUAUUCUGAAUUUAACAGGUAGCCAAUGUAGGGAAGCUAAGACAGGAGAGAUACGAUCUCUCUUUUUAAUUCUCAUCAGAACUCUAGCUGCAGCAUUUUGGACAAGCUGAAGACUUUUAACUACAUUCUGUGGACUUCCUGAGAGUAAUGAAUUACAGUAAAUUGAAGUAAAAAAUGUAAAAUCAGAAUCAAGACUUGUUCCUGCUCUCCUGAUUUACUGAAUAAUUUUUAUGGGUUUUUUUUUUUUUGGUCAUGAAAGUUAAGUUUUGCUGUGUUUAUUGCUGACAAUAUGAAGGUUGGAGGUUUAUCCUUAUUUUCUGCAUCUUGUAGGUUUUUUUCUCCGCAGGUCUGAAGGCUGUGCGUUACACAGAGCAGAGAGACAGAGAGCAAGAGACCAGAACCAAUAGAAAUGAUCAUAUCACACCAAUCUUAAAAUAUUUACAUUGGCUUUCAGUAACUUACAGGAUAGAUUUCAAAGACCUUUUACUUACUUUUAAAUCAUUAAAUGGCCAACGACCUCUGUAUAUAGCAGAGAUGUUUGAAACAUAUCACCCUUCAAAAUCACUUAGGUCAGCAGAUAAAUCCCAACUGGUACAACCCAGAGCCCGCACCAAGCACGGAGAGGCUGCCUUUAGCUGCUAUGCGGUCCGUCUCUGGAACUGUCUUCCAGUAGACAUUAAGACCUCUCCCACCAUUUCCAUUUUUAAAUCCAGAUUAAAAACUAAACUUUCUCAUGAUGCCUUCCAUUAACCUGUCCUUGCAUCUGUGCUCUACUAGGUCUUUAUCUGUACUGUUAAAUUUAUUCUAUAUGUAUUUUAUAUGUAUACCUAUUCUGUGUUUUAUUGUGUAUUAUUGUGUAAUUAAAGUGAAUACUUGUAAUAAAGUGUAGUUACUGUGUAAAGCAGUAUAUGCUAGGAAUGAUUAAUAAAAAUAAAAACUAGAAUUGAACCUGAGUUACAUGGUAAUAACAGUUUAAGAACUCAGAAACAAUACACUAACUUACUAAGUAAUUACCAUGUAAGUACUUUUUAGAGGACUGUAAAAGAAAGCGCUACCAAUAAUUGUACUUAAUAUGCUUUUAUUUUUGUGUGCUAUGUUCUGUGUCAAUAUUCUUUGAUUUUAUUUUACACAACAUGAUGUGACAUUUUAACUAUUUCAUUUCACUUGUGAUUGUUUUAAGUAUGUGAAGCACAUUGGGCUACCGUUUUGUGUAUGAAAU